CUCCACCCCGCUCACUUCACUCUCUUCGUUUCUUUUUGGUAGAGAUAACAAAAAACCAAACAUUUCCUUCUUUUCUUCCUUCUAAGCUCUAAGAGAUGUUUCUUUGAGCUUAGGAAAGGAUAAAAAUCAGAUUUCACUUUUCUAGCUUCACUUUAGUGCUCUGUCUUGUAAUUCUCCAAGACUUGUAAAAAUGAGGAAAGAAAAUGUAGUUUCUGCUAAUGUUGUAGCACUUAAUGGUCGAAUUACACGUGCUCGAGCGGCUGCAUUGCACGCUUCUGGACAAUUGCCACCUCUAAAUGCACCUAAUCAACCAGAUCAGAAACGGGUUUUGCAAGCAAAUACAAAAAGAACGGCCUUGGAAGAAAAUAACAUCAAUGUACCUGAAAAUGCAGGUCUUCGGUGUAAGAAGAGAGCAGUGCUUCAGGAUGUCACUAAUGUUUGCUCUAAAAAUUCAUAUAAUAAGUGCUUUAAUGCAACCAAAAUCCAGGCUAAGAGCAGCAAACGGGCUAGAAAAGGGCCAGCCAUUGUGUCCAAAGUGGCCCCAGAUGGAGUAGCACAAGUCCAGCCAACUCAAGCCAAUUUACAAAAAGAACGUAUUCAAGAGAAUGCAAAAAUAGAACCUAAAUUAGAAGUUACAUGCUCUGUUAAUGUUAAAGGAGAUGCUACUCUUCCGUUAAAUAGCAUAAAUGAUGGCAUACAUUGCCAUUGGCUUGUAAAUCAAAGUUCCACAAAGCCUUCACAACCCCAAAGUCCUCCAAGAAAUGCAGAGAAGGUUAGCUUUUCUGGGACCUCAAUAACAUCUAAUGAUCCAGACUUUGUAGACAUCGAUUCAGAUGAGAAGGAUCUUCAACUUUGCAGCCUCUAUGCCCCAGAAAUCUAUAACAACUUGCAUGUUGCUGAGCUUGUCCGCAGGCCAUAUCCUAAUUUUAUGGAGACAAUACAGCGAGAUAUCACUCAAAGCAUGCGGGGAAUUUUGGUUGAUUGGCUUGUGGAGGUAUCUGAAGAAUAUAAGUUGGUGCCUGACACACUUUACCUCACAGUGCAUCUAAUUGAUUGGUUUCUCUCUCAAAAUUACAUAGAAAGACAGAGACUUCAACUUCUUGGGAUCACUUGCAUGCUGAUAGCCUCCAAGUAUGAGGAAAUAUGUGCACCUCGUGUAGAAGAAUUUUGCUUCAUCACAGACAACACUUACAAUAGAGAGGAGGUGCUAAAACUGGAGAGUCAAGUAUUGAAGUAUUUUGGUUUUCAAAUAUUUGCACCUACCGCAAAAACUUUUCUCAGGAGAUUCCUAAGGGCAGCACAAGCUUCUUACAAGUUGCAGAGCCCUAGCAUAGAACUGGAAUACUUGGCAAACUAUCUAGCAGAACUGACACUAAUUGACUAUGGUUUCUUAAAUUUUGCCCCUUCUAUCGUUGCUGCAUCAGCUGUAUUUCUUGCCAGAUGGACUUUGGAUCAAUCAUGUCACCCAUGGAAUCCAACUCUUGAACACUACACCGCCUACAAUGUAUCAGAUCUCAAAACCACAGUUCUUGCAUUACAAGAUUUACAGCUGAACACCAAUGGUUGUCCUCUAAAUGCCAUUCGCCUGAAAUAUAGGCAACAAAGGUUUAAAUCCGUGGCAACCUUUUCUUCUCCAAAACUGCUUGAAACACUAUUCUAAGAAAAAAACCUGGCCACUUCCUGAUGACUUCAAGGGGCUGCUAACCAGAUAACACACUUUUCAGGUGGAAGUUCCCUCUAAAUUUUGCCAUUUCUCAUGAGGUUGCACCUAAUCUACAAUGUUCAUAUUCUAACCUCUUCAUUCAUGUUCAAUCCUGUCCAUAAAUUCUUACAACUCAGGUUUUGGUUCUUCCAAAACUGUAUC